AUGAAUAUGCGUGUAGGAAACCGAUAUCCAAGACAGCUGGAAAAUGUGAAACGUGAUCCAAUCGUCCCAAUCCAAGCGAGCUCUGUGUAUGGUUGGAAAAUCUGUCGAAAUAGAGAAGCCCAGUCAGUGCCUACUAAGCAUUUUGAAUUGAAAUCGUCGAGGGGGGUUGCGAUAAGCGUGAUCAAGACCGUUACCAUGGAGAAGGAAAAGGUGGAGAAGGUGCGAGCCCAUCGGAAACGAUCGUCGGAGUGUAAGCGGGAAAAUCUGCCGACGCCACCGCCUGAUCCCACGUUGGGAACUGCGAUGCCUUCGCCUACCGGAGGAGAUCCCUCUCUGGAACCGCUCGGGGACACCAGUUUAGAAACCGAUCCCUUCAAACGACUCUUCACGUACAACGAACGGGAAAGUUUGUUUCUGAAACUGCUAUGUGAUAGUGAUACCAGUUCUAGUCUAAACAGGAUACUGCAUUCGCCGGUGGGCGGUAGUGGAGGGGAGGGGGACUCAAGUGGGACGGGAUCUUCCGUACCACCGCCGACCCUAAAGAUCGAGGGUUCCGAGGCGGCAGCAUUCGAUUCGCCCAAUGAAUUCCUCAUGUUGCUGAACCGAACGGGCCCUUCGGUCGCGGCGGCCCUAUCAACCAAAGGAGCCCUCGAUCAGCUCGAUCGGUUGCAUGAUCUGAUCAAGCAGCUGCUCACACUCCAAGAACAAAACAUGCGCAUGCACUGGCAGCUGAGGAACGUGGAGAUGAUUCGAAAGCUGAAGUUGAUGCAAAACUCGAUCAAUAAAGAUCCGGAGGCGUUUUUGGCUGGCGCCCUGCAGCAAGAGGACAAUUCGGAUAACGAUCUGCUGGACAGUGAAAUCGAGCACAAUCUGGCGCUGUUGGAAACGAUCCUGGCUGCCGGGAACAGUGCCAGUAGUAAGCGGAGUAGCUCGAAGAGGGAACGCAGCAAAUCCGUCAUCAACGAGGAGAUCUCCGGCAUCUACCAGAGCUUGAGCAUGAGUGCCAGCGGUGGCAGCAAGGAAAGUGGCCGCAACUAUCCUCUUCGGCGGCAAAGUGCCAUUUCCGAUUUCAAGCCGAAGGUGUCCAAGUGGACCAAAGUGAAGGCUGCCUUCAAGUGGGAGAAAACUAGCGCACUGCCGGCGGCCAGCGAAAUCAAAACUUCGGAGGCGAUGAUGAUUCCGGUUAAUAAUGAAGUGGCACGCUAUCUCCGGGUACCGUCGGUGCCCUGUGUGGGAAGUUCCGGCGAUUCGGUGUUCAGCUCAUCGUCCGGUAUCGUUAUGAGUGGCGGUUCCGCGCCGGGAACCCCCGGCGAGAACAGUUUGGCCAGUUCCGCUGAAGAUCUUACCGCCGCCGAUAUGGUCGAUGACAGCCGAGGAGCACGAACGGGUAAAAGAGACUCGGUCAAGAGUACGGAUCGUCCGCGAGUCUACGAUGAGGAAGCACGACGAAGCAAAUCGCUGGACGGAGACGCCAUUCUCGAUCCGAUCCGGCAAAUGGACAAGAACAAGAACAAAUCGGCGUGGAGUAAGGUGAAGGGAAUCGUGAAGAACCACCGGGGAUCGCUCAAGUCCAACGGAUCCCAGCGACGGAGUGCCAAAUCGUCCAACAGCGUUGGCUGCAGCCGUGAAGCCAGUCCCUGCGAGUCCAUGGAACCCUGCGAACUUCAACGGGAACGAUCGGAUUCGUUUUCCUCGAACCAGACUUCCCCCAGCCAUAGGAAUAAUACUCCGACCCUACUGGCCCUGCCUUCCGGGGACAACAACAGCUGUCCGAAUUCACCCUGUGGGUCACUUCCGGCCAUCUUCUCUAGUGACGAUAACGAGUGGAAGCCUUCGGAGUGUAAGCUGGGUCGAAGUGGCAGUGGUGAAAGGGGACUUCCACCGUCCAAGGAUACCGGAGGGAUUUGGGGCUCCCGGAAAAGCAGACACAUACCUGAGAUUGAGUCCGUACCUGAGGGAGUUCCUAUCGAUACCCCGCCCACAGCCCGCAUCCGAAAGUCUCCUCCGAAACCUCUGAGUCUAAGGCAAGAAGCCCUGGAUGUCGAAACCUACGGAGAUCAUUCGUUGUCGUCACCGGGAUCGCAAUCCAAGUCCUCACCGAAACGGAAGAGCUACGGUGGCGAUGAAACUUCAGCUCCUGAAAGCCCCUGUAAGCCGUACGAGUUCUUCGGAGGAGAGUUGGAGGACUUCUCGAGUGAGGAGGUUUCAGAUCAGAACACUCCUCAUCGGAGAGCGUCUCCGAAGACCAAGCAUCUUCUACGCCAGAGGGAGGACAUCGAACGGCGCUACAUGGAACUGCAGAAGAAGCUCCAGCGGGAGUUCGACGCCAAGCAGCAGGAAUGGGAACGGAUAAGGCCUGCGACACUACUGCUCACCAACAGCCCAAUAAACCAGUUUCUGAGGGACGAUUCCCCGGCCAGCCCGAAGCGUGACCAACCGUCGCAGAUUGUGGUGGAGGAGAAUCUUUCACCGGACUUCAAGAAGAAGCUGGAUGAGUGGCGAAUCAAGCAUCAGCCACCAUCGAAAAAGGAUCAAUCGCAACCGGGAUCGUCGAAGGAUUCUCCCACAGAUGGCAAGAAGAAGCCAGUGACCGACUGGCAGCUGUGGAAAACGGGUCAGGUCAAACUGGAAGGUCAGGGUCUCACGCAGUUGCCGAAUGCUAAGGAUUUACCGGAGGACUUCCAGAAGAAACUAUCUGAAUGGAAACAGAUGAAGGCAGCGAACAAGGUUCCAUCGUACAGCACCCAAUGUUCGACGGCGAGCGAAGCGUCGAUGAAGCGACAACAGCACAAGAAACCUCCUGGUCAUGUACCGCACGAAGCUCACAAAGGAGAAGGUCACAAGACGGGCGAAGGGCUGUCGAAGUUGAAGGCGCUGGUCAGCACGGAUCCACCGAAGAAGGAACUGGUCGUGCAGACGACGAAAGGGUUCAUCAAGUUUGAAGGAAUCUCCCGGAAGUUCACGCGACGGUUGUUCGAGUGGGAAAAGGCGAAGGGGAUCGGUCCGGAGGCGUCAACGAUUGCGCUGCUGCAUCCCGGAUACGCACCGGUGGUCGUCGAGAACGCUGGCGAUGUUUUCGAAGCAAAACGAGAAAAAUCUCCCGGUCUUGUACGAUCACUGUCGAUGGAUAGCAUUUCGCCGAACCCUUCGGCACCGUCAAUCUCACAUCAACCGUCCAGUCUAUCGCUGAACGAUGCCGAUGAACUCAGCAAAAACAACGAAAAGGACACCAUUUCCAAUCGGAGAGUUUCCUCCAAUCCGGAGCUGGAACUGUCCGUUGAACGUGACGAGCUCGGAGCCGUGCUAGUCGAAGUCGAGGAUGACAUCCACGAGGUGGCCAAUCCGUUGGCCGUCGGUCCGAAGGUGGAUCCGUCCGGUGGUCAGAGCAAAGCAGAACCUGACCGCAGCUCACGUCCCUCGAGCAACAGCAGUACCCUGCUGAAGGAUUCCACCAAGCUGCUGAUCCGGCUGAGCGAGCAAGACUCCGUCGAUCGGGACGAGGUUCGCCGGCUGAAGAUCGUUCUUCGCGCGUUGGUCGCGACCCUGCCGGAGUUCGUGGAGUCCGGUUCCCGUGAUAGUAUUGCAUUUUUCGCCUACAUGAAGGAUCUCGCCCAGGAUAUCCAACGGCAUUUGAUCCGCUUUGAAGACGGCUCCCUGAAGGGCGCUCCGGAUAUUCUGGAAAACGUCCAGGCGAUCAACGGCCAGGUAGCCGAUCUGAAGAAAUCGCUGCAUUCCUACAUGAAGUACGCUACGGCAGCGGUGCGUAACGAGGAGGACAUCCCGAAGAUAAGUAUUACGCCGGCCAUGGGCGCACAGGCCACCAGUUCGAUACAGAAGUCGAACGACAAUCUGCGGAGCAUGGCUACGAUCAAUGUUACGCCGACCUUCGUGUGUAACGCAGUCCGGGUAAACACUCCUCAAGUUAGGCAUUUUCCGAUGAGCUCGGAAUCGGAUCCGGUUCCACUGACGUCCUCCCACUCUCCGGAUUCGUCCGCGCAUGUUGGUGGAAAUCCAGUUGAAGAUAGGGACAGUAAGAAGGUAGCACGUAAUCUGAGUAACGGAUCGCGGAAGAAGACCCGUAUCAAGCGGAUGGGUUCCAGGCAGAACAGCAAAACGGAAAGCGACAGCGAUGACAGUCCACCGAAUUACGUCUUGGAAGUACCUCGCAAAACGAAGCGUAAAACCAGUCGAGCUAAGAAGCCUUCCGACUCGUCAGAGAAGCUGGCGACGGUGCCGCACCAACAACCGGAGGACGUAGUCUACGUGUUGAAGAUCAAACCCGGACAGAAGGCGGAGCAACCGGAGCGACCGCUUGCCCUACCUUCGACAUCCGUGAGCGUAACAGAAGAAGUUCUCAUUUCCCCAACAGAAACCUGCGUGGAACUGCUGGAGAACCAAGGCAGCUCGGGUUCCAUCAACAAUUGUAGCGCAAGCAUUCUGGUGAAGACGAAACGAAGGAUCUUCACCACCCUGGAGGGCGAAUCGUCGGCAAACAACACCUCGCUCGUAGUCAGCCGUGACGUGGAAUCCUCCAGCACGUCCGAUCGUAACGAUCAACAGGAACAACCGGUGAAACCGGACCAGAAGAUCAUCACCAAUCUGCCGCCACUCCCGCAGUCCCCCGGCAUGCAAAGGCGAAUGGAGAAGGCCGCUCCGACGAAGGAACUGUCGCCCAACAUCCGGCUGAUGAUCGCCAAGUACAAUCAGCGGUUGUCGUCGGAACGAAGCGGCAAUUCGCCGCAUAGUUCGGGAUCGUGUUCGCCCGUGGCGUGGCGAUCGCCAGUGUUGGAUCGGCGGGUUAAGAAGCAAACGGAAAAGUAUCAGGAAACUAUACAGCUGUCGAAGUCGGCCAGUGCAGGAAGUUUGAGAAAGUCUUUGAAGCAGUUGGAGGCGGCUCAGAAGUCGCAACGGCGAGAGGGUGGAGAGGAGGAAGAAGGUGUGGAGGAUGGGUGUGUGAAGGUUUUGAAGUCAUCAAGCGCGGGGAUGAUCGAGGGUGGUAGGAAGAUGAGCGAGGGAGCGGUGGAGGAUGAAGGAGAUAACAGCGAUUCGCCAAAGAUAUCGUUUUUGGCGUAUGAUAGCUUACGAAGGAAGGACACGUUGUCACGCGUGGAGAGGAGAGAUGCGGAAGAUAGUGGGUCGGGUUCCGGGAAGAUGGAUACGCUAAGGAAGCAGCGAUUGUACAAGAAGCGGACGGAUUCUCCUCAAGGAGCGAGUAAGGGAGCCAUUAGGAAGGUUCCGAGGGAGAAGUACACGAGGUGUCGCUCCGUGCCGGGAGAGGAUAUGGUGAGCGAUCGCGGACAGGAGGAGGAUGUGAAGAGAGUUCAUGGUAAACCACCGAGUCCUCGACUGACUGUAAGGAAGAAGAUUGUGGUGGAUCAUGACUCACCUCGAUCAGCGCCUACUACGCCGCUGGAGGAGGACAAGGGAGUGCUGCCAAUGAGUCAACGGGCUUUGAAGUUGAAGAAGGCAAAGGAGGAAUUUCUGCAGAGUUCGUCGGCAGCUCGAGUGGAGCAGCGGCAGCAGGUGUGGAACAAUCGGAUCAGUCAAAUAAGCAUGGCUAGUGCGACAAGCGCGGAUGACAAUAACCUGAUAAUGAAGAGUGCAAGUGCAGGGGUGAUCGAUAGUCGAUCGGCAGAAGGUGAAGACAGCCAACAGGAGAGUCUGUACGAGUCACUGCCACCGUGCAUACUGACUGUGUCGGCGGUUGCGGGCGAUGAUGAAGUAUCGUCGAGGAAUACAAGUGUUCAAAGCAGCCGGUUCGGGCUGUCGAAUUUGGCAUCCAAGUUGAGGAAGGUGAAAUUGAGGAGAAGCAGUAAGGAUCUCAGCAAGAUGCAAACCAUCUCGACGCUGUGCCGGCAGAGUUUGAUGGUUGACAUAAGCGGCGAAGCGAUCAAGAUGGGCAGUGCACAGAAUCUUGGACACAGUUCGAGCGAUGGUGGAGGAGGAGGAGGCGAAUCGCUCAAGAAGUCGGGAAGCGUACAAGCGAUAUGCAAUCGAUUUCGCAAGAGCAACGAACGAAGUGAUGAACUGAAGAAGAGUAGAAGCCUAGGGUUCUUGGAACCGGACCGCAAAGGAUCCCAGUGAGUAAGUGCUGAAAUGCCUAAACCAUGUCUACAGUCUAGUAUUACAACAGCGAAGGAGCUAUCUCAACCUUAGAUAAGUAAAAUGUUUGAUGUAAAUGUACCAAGUACAAGUUGAAAGUGCAGGAGAAGUGUAAUUUUCAUGACGCAACUAUAAAGUACCGUGCCAAAGAUUCGCAAGAUGCUGUACACAUCUGCCGUCGAGUAGUUUCCCAUAGGAUCUGAAUAAAGUCAGACAGAAUUUCGA